AUGAGCCCACCAUCCUCGACGCUUCAGUGGAUUCUUCUCGCGCUCCCGACCACCAUCAUCGUCGCCUACCUCCUCACCGCCUUCCCAAUCACGUCCGCGCCGCUCAUCAUAUACCCGUCGCUUAACUCUCUUCCGGACACAUCUCCCAGCUGGAAAAUCUACCCUGAAGACUGCUACAAUGGCGGCGCGUACGCUCGCCUACCUCAUGGCAAAGUCCGCUACUGGCUCAUUGGCCCUGAAGACGGUGAACGUGUCGUUCUCAUCCAUGGGCUCUCAGUCCCUGCGUUCAUCUGGAAGGACGUCGCGCCCCAUCUCGCGGAGAAUGGCUUCCGAGUGCUGCUCUACGAUCUAUACGGGCGUGGCUAUACGGAUGCGCCAGAGACUACAUACGACACAAACUUGUACACCACCCAGCUCGCGAUGCUCAUGCAGUACGUCGGCUGGAACAACGCCCAUGUUGCAGGCGUCUCCAUGGGCGGUGGCAUCGCCACCGCGUUCAGCGCGCAAUUUCCGCACCUCGUGUCCUCCAAACUCGCGCUCAUAGCAUCCACAGGCCUCGCGCAGCCUGGAGAUCUUUCGCGUACAUCCAAGUUUCUCUCGUCGCCUCUGAUGCAGCAGUUCGCCUCUACUUUUCCGUUCCGGUGGUACCUGCAGUACCUUGCGCGAUGCCGGAAGGAUGAUGCACCUGCCGAUGCGUUAAUCCGGCUCCAGUCGGCGUAUCUCCCUGGUUUUAAUCCUGCUGUUGCCUCGUCCCUACGCGAUGGGCCGGUCCUCGGACUCGCGCCUGCGUUCGCACAACUGGGCCGCAGGACGGGUGCACAUGUACUCCUGAUGUGGGGUACGGCUGACAGAGUGGUUCCGUUCGUGAACGCCGCACGCGUCAAGAAGCUCAUUCCGCAUGCUGAGCUCGUGACGAUCGAGGGAGCGGGUCAUUCGCUCACCAUGAGCCACCCACAGGAGGUCGGGCGUACGCUUGUGCGCUUUUUCCGACAGGACUAG